CUGUGUACGCUCUAUGGCUGCACGUCUAGAACUGCAUUGCGGUGCUGCAAUUGGAUGAUAUUGAAUUUCCCUGUUUUCCCAUCUCCUUUUGCAGCGCAAGCUAUUGGCGAGCAGUUGAUAAAUUCAGCGCCAGCCCCGCCCAUCACCUUUCUUGCGAUUUUGCCCCUAUUUAAAUGUCUGUGUCGCAUUUGGGACCAAGCAAGAAUUUUAAAUUGCUCAAACGAGAUUGACCCCGAGCAACAAUAGAUACCAAAGUGAGGAAAGAUGGUGAACUGCUGUGGACUGCUCACGGAAAAGAAUGAACCUGUGCCUCUGAAACAGGUGGAGGUGGUGGUGAAGGUACAGGGUCACGUGGCCUCGGUGAGCUCCACGUUGCAAUAUGAAAACAACGAGGAGCGCCCUCUGGAGGCCAUCUUUGUGUUUCCACUGGAGGGAGACGCAGCCCUCUGCCACUUCAGUGCCAAGAUCGGGGAGACGGAGGUGGUGGCAGAGCUGCAGGAGAAGCAGAAGGCAAAGGAACAGUAUGAUGAUGCGCUGAGCUCGGGGCAGCAGGCCUUCCUGCUGGAGGAGAGCGAGGAGAGUUCGGACGUUUUUCGGCUGAGCGUGGGGAGUCUGCCCCCGGGAGAGAAGGUCUCGGUGACCCUGACCUACGUGACCGAGCUGGAGGUGCAGGCCGACGAGGCGUUGAGAUUCUGUCUGCCCGCCGUUCUCAACCCCCGUUACGCCCCCCGGGACACUGGAAGUGUACCCGAGGUAACCUCUGCCUUGGAUGGUUCAGUGCCCUAUACUCUGUCCCUCAGUGUGGACCUGUCCUCUCCAAGUCCCAUCUCCAAGGUGGAGUCCAACUGUCCCCUUCAGCCCCUGAAGUACCUGAACACUGAGAAGACACAGGCCACGGUGAGUCUGUCCCCAGGUCACAAGUUUGACCGUGAUGUGGAACUGUUGGCAUACUACAGUGGCGCCCAUCAGCCCACUGCCAUUGUGGAGAUGGGACAACCCAAUGCCAAGUCUGGCUCUUUGAUGGGUGACCCUGUCGUCAUGCUAAGCCUUUACCCAGAGUUCCCAGCAGCAGUGACAUCAUCGCUGGCCUCAUGUGGGGAGUUCCUCUUCCUGGUUGAUCGGUCCGGCAGCAUGGAAUGUAAUAUGCACAACGAUCAGGGAGCACAAAUGCGAAUCGACAGCGCAAAGGACACGCUGCUGCUGCUGCUGAAGAGCCUCCCCAUUGGCUGCUUUUUCAACAUCUACGGCUUUGGCUCCACCCAUGAUUCUUUCUUCCCGAAGAGUGUAGAGUACAGCCAGGCGACAAUGGACCAGGCGCUUGAGAAAGUUCGGGGGAUGAAGGCAGAUUUGGGGGGCACUGAGAUCCUGUUGCCGCUGAAGCACAUCUACAGCCAGCCCUGCCUUCCAGAGCACCCCAGACAGCUUUUCAUCUUCACUGACGGAGAAGUAUGGAACACAAAGGACGUUCUGGACCUGGUGAAGAGCAACGCCAUGUCUCACAGGUGUUUCUCGUUUGGAAUAGGAGAGGGAGCCAGCACCGCUCUGAUCAAGGGCAUGGCAAAGGAGGGAUCUGGGCAUGCUCAGUUUAUCACUGGAACUGAAAGACUACAGCCAAAAGUAAUGCAGUCUCUUCGCUUCGCUCUUCAGCCAGCAGUGAAGGAUAUCUCUGUGAAGUGGAAUGUUCCAAAGGGGGUGUCUGUCACCCCCCUGUCUCCCCCCAUUAAUGUGCUCUUCCAGGGUCAGAGGUCACUGCUAUAUGCUCAGCUCACAGGGAAGUUUGCUGAGGCCACUGACAGCUCUGUCAGUGUGCAGUACCGUCUGGGGGAGCAGUCUGUGCAGAACCAGCUCAGCUUUAAUGUAAAACCUGGAGAGAAUACUGGGCUAACCAUCCACAGGUUGGGGGCCCGAACCCUCAUCCGCACCCUGGAGACAGAGCUGAGAACAGCAGAACAGGAUGAGCAAGAGGGGCGCAGAAAAGAGGAGGCGGAACGUUUGAAGAAGAGAGUGAUUGAGCUAAGUGUCCAAUCAGGAGUGAGCAGUGUCCUCACUGCGUUCAUCGCAGUGUGUACUGGGAGCACACAGCCUGUGCAAGGGUCCCUGGUGCGUCGACAUGUACCCACACCUAGAGCGAUGCCCAGUUUUAGGAUGAUGGGUCGUGGACCACAGAUGUAUGCUAUGGCGUGUUGCGCUGCACCAGCAAUGGCUUUCUGCCAGGCGCCUUCCCCUCCAAGAAUGGUAAUGAAGAGGAUGGCAUGUGCUGUUGCUAACCGAGAUGACGUAGAGCGUGUUGCUAUGUCAGGGGAUCUAGCUUAUGAUGACAUGGAAGAAGAGGCCCCGGAAGAAGACGAGGCCUCGGAAGAAGAAGAGGCCCCGGAAGAGGACACUGAAAUGUCAGAGCCCCCCCAGCCACCGAAGGAUCUUCUGCUCCAGUUGAUCUCCCUGCAGAAAGCCACUGGAUCCUGGGAUUUGGUAGCAGAACUGGCCGAGGUGUUUGGAAAGACUGAGGAGGAGUUGGCAAAGCAGAGACCCCCCCAGGUAGACAGUUCCGUUUGGGCCACAGUUCUGGCACUGUUGUGGCUAUAUGGGUUCAGAGUGGAAGAUGAGGAUGAGUGGCAGUUUGUUGCGAUGAAGGCUGUGUCCUGGAUUCGAGCACAGACAGGAGGCAGUGUGUCUCAGUGUGUCCAGGCUGGUAACGCUCUGCUGGGUUGCCAGGUGCAGCAGGGUACCCUUGGGCUGUGAGAGUGAUAUCCCUCCUACUUUUCAUCCUCAGCCCCACCCCCUUCUGGGCCCCCAUACAAGCCCCACCCCUUGUUCCUUUGUUGCAGUCAUUAGAUCCAGUGAGCAAAGUAAUGUCUCAUCCAUAACAUACCACUGUUAGCUUCUUCCUUUCCCAAAGAAAGAGUUUGGAGUGUCAGAAAAAGGAAAGGGUGGAGAUCAAAGUAGAGCUUGGAGGGCUAGUGGUAGGACUCUAAAGGUGAGGUUAAUCUGUUGGGUUUGUAAUGUUGUGCUGUUGCCUCUCAUUUCUAAUAAACUGACUUUCAAAAAAUGCAAACCC